CCGUCAGGGACUAGUUGUUCUGUUGUUUUCAUUUUCACUUUUCAUUUUACAAAACCUUUCCCGUCGUGGAGUGCGCCGCUUUAUUUUCAAAGCAUUUGUGAAGUUCGAAAUGGUGUCAUUUCAAAUGCAUUCAUAGUAAUUAUGAAAAGUUCUUGAAUUUAGUGUAAUGUACGACCUAUCAAUCAUGGCUUCAAGCAAUUUAUCACAGCUAAUUUCAUCGGACAUAUUUACCACAGGAAAUCACUAUGAAGAAGUCAGCGUUAUAGGCAAUGGUGCUUAUGGAACUGUCUACAAAGCUAAAGACCUCUCUAAUGCGGGGAGUAUUGUUGCUUUGAAGAAAGUGAAGAUUCCUUUAGGGGAUGAAGGAAUACCUCAGUCCACAAUUAGAGAAAUAGCAAUGUUGAAAUUGCUGGAUCGUCAUCGCCAUCCAAACAUCGUGAGGUUACUUGAUGUUUGUCAAGGACAGCGUAUAAGCCAGACUAACCAGCUAGUUUUAUUUCUUGUGUUUGAACACGUCAAUCAAGAUUUGGCAAGCUACAUACAGAGAUGUCCUCCCCCUGGACUCAGCCGGUGCAAAAUCAAGGACAUCUCACGUCAAAUUCUGGAUGGUGUGGACUUUUUACAUAGUCACAGAAUGGUUCAUCGCGAUUUGAAACCUCAAAACAUUUUAAUUGGGGCAGAUGAUAAAAUUAAAAUUGCAGAUUUUGGUCUUGCAAAAACAUAUGACUUUGAUAUGAGACUGACUUCUGUCGUUGUUACUCUGUGGUAUCGUUCUCCUGAAGUUUUACUCGGACAGUCGUAUGGGACCUCAGUAGAUAUCUGGUCAUGUGGCUGCAUCAUUGCUGAAAUGUUCAAACUUGAACCACUCUUUUGUGGCUCAUCAGAAGGAGACCAGUUGAAUAGAAUAUUUGAAGUAAUAGGAACGCCAUCCCUUGAAGAAUGGCCAAAACAAGUCUCCUUGGAAUGGAGUUCUUUCUCUAUUCAUGAACCAAAAUCCUUCUCAUCUCUUUUGCCCUCGAUUUGUCAAGCAGGCACUGAUCUGCUUAAAUCAAUGCUCACUUUUGAUCCAAAAACCAGGAUAUCAGCCCAACAAGCCCUAAGUCAUCCUUUUUUCCAAGAAACGUAACAUAAUAGAAAUUGGGAUUUCUAAACCUCUAUGUGCCAAGAAAGUUCAGGCUUGAAAUAACCUUAAUAAAAUGCAGUUCUUGAGCUUACGUUUAAGUAAGCUGAGAAUCUAAAGUCUUAAUAUGAUAGCAGCGAAAGUAUUUUAAUCAGUGAAGAACGUUCGAGACUGAAUGUUAGUUACGUCUGUGUUCUUUUUGAAGGCGACAAAAAAACUUGUCUAAAAGAGUCUGCAGAGCUCGAAUUCACUAGUGGUGAACAUGUUAAGAUGUUGAGUGAUGCAGCCUCUGGAAGUCUGGACCAAUCAGAGAUUGAAAUUUGUCUUGAUAUGCGAUGAGAAAGUUCUAAGAUAAUUGGAGCUCUCAUUAUUCUUUUUACCUCCGUAUGUGAUUUUCAAAAAAGCUCAAUCUAUUGUAACUUUUAUUUUAAGUGCAAAAAAUUUAUUUUUACCCUUUGUAUUUUUAUCCUUGUAAAGUAUAAAAUAUUUGUAUUCGUUCAUAUCAUCAGACAUAGAAGAAAUGACUUGUCAGAUAUUUUUAGACGGGUAUGCAAAGCAUUUAUCUACUCUUUUUUAUUGUAAAUUUUUUAUGGAAGCUCAUUUCCUUGUACCAUGGAAACUUAAAUAAAUAAUUUUUUUUAAAAA